CCCUUCUCCUUUACAUACCGCAGAGUAUAGCCCACUAUUCUUCUUGGGAUCUAGAGCGCGCACUCAAUAAGCAACCUGUUUGGCGCAUCAGGGCUGUAUUGUAAAGAUCCUGUGGUAUAGUUAGAAACUUGUUGAACGGGUGGUUUGCUUGCUGGAUUUGACGAGUUUAUCCAUCCUCUACCCCGCGGAGUGGACUGAAUUUUCGUUUCGUGGUUUACAGAACAUUUUCGAGUGGACUAGUAAACAUGGCUAGACAGGCCAUGUCCUUCUUUGUGAGUCUUUUGACAUUGUUUUCCUUAUCAACUGUAACUGAAGCUGCCUGUUUCCAGGACCGUGAUAAAGUUAUCCCAAUGUGUGAGAGCAAAACAAUAACGGGGAGCACCCUCUACAUCGAGGCCAACACCACCGUCCAGGGCAAUGAGCUGUGUUCCUGUACCGCCACUAGCUCUAGGACUGGAGAGGUGGAGAUAUAUGCUAUAGUGGGCACUACCUUCAGUGACUGUUCAGUACGAGUGGACGUGUAUGAACGCAUGUCAAGCCAGGAUUCAAACAUCUACAGCAUACACUGUCUGCAGGAUGCAUCGUAUAGCAGGAGUAUGGCAGCAAACACGGAAGUCAUGUAUAACCUGACUGGUCCCGGAACCAUCGACUCCUGUGUCAUGAUGCGCACUUUUGCCACGGGGUCAACGAUAACGAUAACGUGUUCACCAAAGAUCCAAGUCGCCACAACCAUUGCGCCAUCAACUACGCCUGCACCUACGACUCAAGCCGCUACAACACCAGCUCCAACCACACAGGCACCGACCACACAAGGACCAACUCAGUCACCCGGACCAACCACACAAGCACCUGUAACAUCAUCACCAACCACACAGGCACCUAGUACACCCGGACCAACAACACAAGCACCGACAACACAGGCACCUAGUACACAAGCACCAAUCACACAGGCACCUAGUACACAGGCACCAACCACACAAGCACCGACAACACAGGCACCCAGUACACAAGCACAGACCACAAAAGGGCCUACAACACAGGCGCCACCCACACAGGCACCGACCGGACCUACCCCGACAUCCUCAACCCCUGUCGCAGGAUCAACGCAAUCACUGUAUGACAAGUUCCCAGUGCCUGAGGUUGCUGGUGGAGUGGCUGCUGGCAUCGUCGUCAUCAUUUUGUUGGUCAUCAUCAUCACAUGCUGCACGAGCAGGAAUCGGUCAGAAGGGAAGUCUGACGAAGAGAUGCUAAGAGGUCGCGAGAGCCCAGACACUGAGAUGACAGAGAAACAGGAUGGAGAUGGCUACGCCUUCGACAACAUCCUCUACCAUGCCACGAACAGCACCGGCAAAUCUGUGACCCCGACGGUGAGCGACGCAGAUACCCAGGAUUAUCAGGCAACCAAAGGCCUUGAGGAGUUGUACGCCUCUGUCAAUAAAACCAUCACUGACUCAACUGAUAUCAUGUAAAGUGCAUGUAUGGUGGUUUAAGAGGAAACUGGCAUUGAUGGCAUGCGGAAAUAAUUACCCCCACGAGAAGGAUUAUUGUAAGAUAUUGAAACUUCUGUGAGAUGCACGUCCACUUUUGACGAUUAUUUGUUUGUUUUUAACUCCAGUUUCUUGCUACUGAUACUCAAAAGGAAAUAUUCUGACAUGGACAUGAGAUUAUAUGCUCAUGCAGUAUGGAUAAACAUUGCAAUGACACAACGUCGUUAUUUCGGCAAUGCUGCAUUCUAUACAGCGGCUUAUUUUACACGAAGAACGCAAAUACGUUGUUACACCUCGUUAUAGUCACUUUUCUAAUCUUGAAUGAGUUGAUAAUCAAAGUGUCCCAUUGCACAAAAGGUGUAGGAAGCAGUUGUAUAUAACUCAUCGCACAUUGUUACGUUAGUGGCAUGUCUUCGCAUCUUAACAUAUUAUAGUUCACGGUUUGUAUACACUGAACGUUUCACUAAUACCAAUGAAAAAUCAACAGCAGUGAAGCAGUAUCGGGUAUCUAUGUUGGGCACGCUAAUAAAAUAUUGCCGUCAGAACGCAUGGAAGGCCAAAUGAACCUAAUGGUGAAGGGACGUAGCGUGUACAAAGUAUUGAAAUAUUGAUGAUCAGAAUCUUACAUAUCAGAAUACACACCAGUUCUAACGUCAAACCACAUGACAAUAUCAUGACAAUGCCACGGUGUACAUGUGGCACAUCUGUGAUUUUGUGAUCAAUAUCUGUGUCUGUUUCAUCAGGCAAUUGCUUAAAAUUAGGCAUUAUCUAUGACUAAGACAUAAUGGUAUUAAAUAUUUGAUCUGAAGAACAAAAUGGUAUCAAUGGAUUCUUUAAGAUACCAGUCUUUGUAUGUUACUAGUGAUUACAUAAUGGCAUACUUUUAAUAAGUUAAUAGCAAGAAUACCGUCAUCAUCUACGCAGAUUAUAUUCUUGUUCGAUGCAAUGUUAAUUUAUCAUAAACGUCAUCCUAAACUUUACACGAGCACAACUCUUAGAAAUUUACAGUCAAUCGUUUCUUGGGAGAAGACAUAAUUACUAAACCAUUGGAUAUUUUUUACUGGGUAAAAUGUGAAAGAGAUACACAUGUUGAAAUCUUUGUGUGUGUGUUAUAGAUGAAUCGGGGACCAAGUGAAGAACCCUUUGUUCGGCAUAUGCGAGUGCUCUGUUAAAGUGCUUCAUGACUUCUAAACCAGACUGCUGUAAAUAAAUUUAUAUUACAAAAUUGUUAAGAAAAUAGUCUGUGUAAAGUCAUUGGCACUGUAAUAUUCAAUAUGGCGAUUACCUGUGUGUUGUUUUAACAUUGUCAAUCCUUUCGCUUAUGUUGUCCGGCAGACUGUAAUAUAAACAAGCUGUAGAGAUGUGAUAUUAACCACCACCUCGUUUACAUGUUUUCUUAAAAAAAAUAUAUAUAUAUGAAUCAUUUGUAUAUUUUUCCUUAUACUUUAAUAAAAUAUUACACCAUGGAA